AUGACUGUGGACGAUCCCUUGAGAGCAGAGAUCAACAGACUUGGUGGGUUGUUGAAGGGGAAACAGAUAGAGAUCAUUCCCAGGACACCACAUUUCAGAGAAAUGCUGGUUCAGAGCUUCUGCUACGUCGUGGUCUGGCACAUUCUCGAAGGAUUCAACUGCUCCCUCGGGUAUCUGCAAUGUAGAGACGGGGAAGCCUGCCUGCUGGCGUGGAAGUGGUGUGACGGCAGGGUAGACUGUACAGACGGGAGUGAUGAGGAAAGCUGUGCAUGCCUGACAAUUCCUGGGGAUUUCAAUAACAGCAGGCUUGCGAUGUUACCGAACCAGCUGGGGCAGACGACAUUCGAGGAGAUACAAAACUCCUCUGUGGCCGAGCUGCUCAACAUUAACAGUUCGUACGGCAACCCAGAGGGAGUCCACCCCGAGUUCGGACAGUUUGUAUCAACGAUCCUCUACCCGAGAUGCAAUGUCUCCGAUCAAGAUAUGUGCUCAUCACCAGGAAGUGCAGACAACAUUUGCACGUGUGGAACAUCGCUGCUACCGUGCCGCUCGUGGUGUGAGGAGGUCCUCAAUGAUGACAGGAUCAGGAACACGACAAUGCUGCCACAAUGCGACGUAUUUCCUCCUACACAACAUGGAUGCUGGAACCCUGAACCAGAGAUAAAAAACAACGAAGUUUGCUACCAUGGUAGCGGCAUCAACUACCGUGGUACAGGAAGUACCACUUUAUCCGGGGCUGCUUGUGUAGAGUGGACCGCUGCGCAAGGCGGUUUCUACACAACCGAGUACCCCUGGGCUAACCUCGUCCACAACUACUGUCGUAACCCUACCGGACUCGAGCGGCCAUUUUGCAUAACGGAAGAUGGUAGCCAGGAGGAAUGUGACCUCAUUCCGUGCAACGCAGACGGCUGCUUGGACCUGGGUCCUCCAAACUACGGCAGGAGAAGCCCUGGCAAGAGGUUCUACUUUGUGGGAGAAAGGGUCGCCUUCACCUGUUACGAAGGGUAUUCCAUUAAGUCUGAGUAUACCAACGAAGUCAGGUGUAUCGAAAAUGGCAGAUGGGAACAUGUCAAGCCCAUUUGUUCAGUGAAUAUGAGAGGUAGACUGGAGAAAGAGCUGCUGGAUGUGUACAGUCCGAACCUGGCGCCUGAAGGAAACGUCCUCAUCGGCUUCACUGGGUCUGUGGAACAGAUCGUCGACUUGACGUGGCAGGACAGUCGCCUGAGGUGGGAUCCAAAGUAUUACGAUGGUAUCAACGUAUUCAGUGUUCCGGGUAGCAGUAUUUGGACCCCAGCUCUCAUCCUCAAGAGAAACGCCGAUCCUUCGUACACCGGCCUGGAAAAAAGCAUACCAGUCCAGGUCAACAACAAUGGCGUGGUAACCUGGAUAGUAGAAACCCUGACCACCACCGUGUGUGAUGCGGACCCCUUCUACUUCCCUGUUGACACCAUGGAGUGUCACAUCUGUUUCUCCGCAACCGCAGCUAUCGGCCAAGCCAUCCAAUGUGGACACGGUAACUUUACAGAAGACUAUUCCAGUAGUCUCAGCUGCGAUGCCUCCCCUCCCGCUAUUCAGGAGGGUGAAUGGUAUCAGAAGGACAGGUUGUUCGCGAACGGCAACAGAGAAGCAUGUUUUGCUAUUCAGCUGGAGAGGAUUCCCUGGUUCCACAUCGCCACCACUAUCGGGCCCUGCGUCAUCCUGGUCGUGCUGAUGGUCAUCACCUUCGUCAUGCCACUGGACAGGGGCGACCGGAUCUCGUUCGGAGUGACCAUUCUACUCUCCAUGGUCGUGUCUCUGGUGUUCGUCACGGACGUUCUUCCUGUCAAGGGGGCGCUGCCGUUAGUCGGUCAGUAA